ACAGAAGAACUUCAAGAAGGCACCGUUGGUGAACGGGAAACGAAGAUGGAUCUAGUUCAAAGGCCCUGCAGUGUUGAUGACUCCUUUGAAUUCAUAGACUUCCCAGAAACGAAGAACAAAACCAAAGACCCCACCCAGGGGCCCCAACCUGAAAACUGUGUCAACUGUGUCGCAUCAAACCUAGGUUCUGUAAAUAUCUCUAGUCAAAAUACCACAGACAGCAUCUCAAAAGACAGUUGUGAAAAAUGUGAAAUUUCUAGUCAGCCCAGUAAUGUGCCAACAUCAGAGAAGUCUGAAAUAACAAAGCAAGACAGUGCAUCAUCUUCAUCAUGUUCUUGUAACCAAUCAUCAUGCUCAUGCCAAAACCAAAAUUCAAAGACCCAAUCACCUUCCUCGUCACAAGAAAGUGAGAAUGAAGGGGAUCAAUCAGAGUGCUUGUGUUCAGACAAUGAAACCAGAGGGAGGCUAGGUUCCUAUACAGCCAAAAAACCAUAUUUUCUCAGAGUGAACUCUAAAGCCAUCCCCUUUGAUGAUAACGAGUCACUCCCAACUCCAGUCAAGAGAAGAGGUGAUCCGUUAUCUCGAGAGAUAUUUGAGAAACUCUUUGACCAAGACGGUAGACUCGUAGACGAACAUGCUUUCAGGAAAUGCAUAUUCAUGGGUGGAGUGGAACCAGACCUCCGGAAAAAAGCCUGGCAGUUUCUCUUUGGUCUCUACCCCUGUACUUCGACAUCAAGGGAGCGGGAAGAAUUACUCUUAGACUACAUCAUGAAGUAUCAUGAAAUGAAGUCACGCUGGAAGACCAUGUUGGUUCUGAAUGCCCACCCAGGGGCUACACUGCUACAACAGGGGCUGGUGGCCAGGUACCAAAUCGAAGAUCAAAAUAACACGAUUAGGAGCCCAGACCACAGCCCUGGGGAUCAUAUCUCAGAGUUUGAGAUGAUGGAGAAGAUGUUAAUGGACGGGAAAUUUAAGGCCGAAAAACCAGACUUCAAGGUCCUGUCCAGAAAUUUCGACAUUGACGUGUCGUCCCCCGAGAUGCAACAGAAAAUCGACUUUAUGAAAAUUCAGGCUCAGGUAUAUGUGAAUAGACAGAAGAUAAGUGUGAAGAAUUUGUUGGACCAUCUCCGUGUUAUUGACAAAGACGUCCCGCGGACCGAUAGAGACUUAGAAUACUUCAAAGGAACAAUGAAUCCAAACUUGACAGUAUUACGCAACAUCCUGUUAACCUUUGUGGCGUUCCAUCCACAAAUCGGGUAUGCUCAGGGGAUGAACGAUAUUCUGGCCCAGUUUCUGGUCGUCUUUGACUCGGAGGUGGAGGCCUAUUGGUGCUUUACAAAUUACCUACAGAAAAUUCAGCAUGAGUUUACAGAGGAAGGAAUGGUCAGCAAAAUAGAGUUGGUUGUAUUACUCCUACAAGAGAUGGAUCCUGCUUUAUUAGAGCAUCUGAAGGCGAAUGAUCUCGGGGACCUGCUCUUCUGCCACAGGUGGCUGUUGCUUGGGUUUAAGCGUGAGUUCAGCUUUAUGGAGUCUCUGAGAUGCUUUGAGAUACUAAGCAGCCAUCAUCUGGAGCUCACAUCAAUGGAGGCCGAGAAAACUCGACGACUGGAACUCAAGAAAGAGUUUGAAAGUCAAGGUGGUGUGUCGAGAUCUUCACUUCCCUCUGAUGUGGAAUUUCAGUACACCUUUGACCUCUUCAUGUGUGUGGCCUUACUCCAGGAAUGUAGGCCAGAACUGAUGGAGUGUACAGAUACUGCUGCAGUGUAUUCUGUCAUUAACAGUUUGAAGAUUAACCUGGAUGAGAUCCUUCUGAAGUCGGCUGAGCUGUUCUAUAUGUACUGUAAGAAGAGUGUGGAGGAGAGCUUUCUAAUGGUGGAGUCUCCUACAGGCAGCCGAACCCCCACAAUUAAACGGAGGGCCAGGUCAGAUAGUUAGGAGGCGAGUCAGAGGGCAGAACACGGUGGGCCAGGUCAGAUAGUUAGGAGGUGAGGCAGAGGGCGAGGGCAGAACACAGGGCCAGGGCAAUCCAAGGGUGAGGGCAGAACUUCGGGGGACAGGGCCUUGAUGCACGUCAAGUACCAGCAGAAAGGAAGGGCACAACCUACUCCUGUUCUUAAAUUUUCUAUUUUAAGAUGAUCAUAAGUAUCUGGUACUGUUGAAAUUUGAGUGUCUUCAACCUUUUACACACUUCAAGGUUUAAAAACAUCAAUCUUGUUUUCACUGGUGCAUCUUGCUUUAGUGCCAAAACUUAUUUAUUUAUUUUGAGGGUAUCUUGGUACUUUUUGGUUUGUUACAAUGAAUGUCAAAAGGAAUAACCUUUUAUUAUGAUGUGUAAUUCUUUUUUGGUAUUAAGCAGAGUUUAUGUCGUUAAUUUUUUAUUUGGUUGAUGACAAAAUAUUCUGCCAGUGACCAAUUGUUAUUUGAUUUUAAAUCAAAGUUUAUUUAUAUAUAUAAUUUUAAGAUAAUUGUCAUAAACAUUGUUAAAGGGUUCAUAAAAAAGAAACAAAUCUAUGGUUUUAUUAAAGAAAAGCAAAAUAAUGUCAGAAGUAUUUGUAUUUCAUUUUUUUAUUGCAUCACUGGUUAUUUGUAUCAUUGUAGAAGUAUUUUUUCUGCGUGGUAUUAAUUUAUGUUAUGUAUAUAUAUGGUCACAAAUUUUCCAUAGAAAUUUGUCCCAUCAAAAUUUAUACACAUUUCAGGCAUAUAAGGAGAGUAUUAAUAUAUAUGCAUAACUUUCUACCAGCAGAUUGAACAGAAAUAUAGAUUCCAUGGAAUUAUGACCCCUUGGAAAAAUGUACGUCUUCAUUAUUUAGAUUGUUACAAUAUCUGUCAGUUUUGUAUCAUAAAACAUUUUUUCUGAAUUCUGUUGAGGAUCAAAGAUAAUUUUACAUUCCAUUUUUUCUUAAAUGUAGAAUAAUCUAAGGAUGAAAAGAAGAUUAAAAAUAUUAUAAAUAUACAUGUAUUAGGGAUGACAUAUGAAUUAUGAACAGAAUAAUGUGAACCUUUUGAAUGUAUGGAAACUAUAUUAGAAACUAUUUUGAAUUUUUUUCAUAUUGAAAAAAAAAUGCCCAAUGUAUUAUAUAUCUGUGUUUAGUUAAGUAUGUUUAGUUUAGUUAAAUUUAAAUUUUAUGAAUUUUCAUGCAAUUCUUUCUUCUUCUUUUUUUUAAUUUGAAGGUAAAAAAAUCUUCAAAUGUGCUUGUACAUUUUUACAGGAAUUUUAAUUUAAAAUUAGGAUGUUGAGGUUGCCAUAUGGAAGUACAUAUAAAAACUCUCCAUCUUUAGUGAACAAUGUGCAUUCAUUCAAAACUAUAUGUGUUAAUAUAAACAUCUAAUAAUGUGAAAUCACAAAUAUUUGCAGGGGUUUAAUUUUCCUUGAUUUCGAGGUUUUAAGAGACCCAGGAAUUCGUGUCCACCAGGAAAUGUAAAAUGUUACAUAAAUAACUGUUCAACAGUUAUUCAUCCAUGAAAUAAAAUCCCGAAAACCAAGACUUUUUCCUCAAACCACAAAAACUUGACCCACAGAAAUAUGUGAUUUUACAGUAUUUACAUGUACACAUACAUACAUUGCGGGUGUGUAAAGAAAGGCAAGUCAAAUUUUUCUUGUCGAUUAUUUCCCUUAGACUGUUGUUAUAAUUUAUGUUAUAGUGUUUUGUUUGGUAUUUAUCUAAAACCAUACUUAAAAUUGUAUUAGCUAUUGAAUUUGUUGAGUGCAUGUAUUUAUGAAAAUGCAGACUAGCAACUUUAAAAACCACCAAUAGAACUUAUUUGGUAAGUCUUUUAUUUUAAAAAAGUAUAUAUCAGUCUAAACAUGAAAAUCUGAGAGUACAUCAUAUUUGUCUACAUUGAAUUAACCAUUUUAACCAUAAGUUAAAAGCUGGCAUUACCAUUUGGAAUGAGUAUUGAGCAAAAUCGAUAUAAUAAUGAAUAUAGUUGUAACUGUUGCAAAAGAGAUGAAGAUACUUGCUUCAAUUGUGUUUGUGUCUUGCAUUUUAUUAUAAAGAGCAUUUAGAAUUUGGCAAGAUUUUCUGUAAAUUGUUAAAUUAUUAAUUUUCUUCAAAUUCUGACAUACAUGUGGUUGCUUCAUAUGUAUCCACAAGUUGAUAAGAGCAAUUUUUCAUCGGUGAACUCAGAGACACUUAACAUUUUUUAAAAUUAUCCUUUCUUUUCAUCAAUAAUAAAUUUUCCAUACUUUAAAAAUAAUUAUAAGUAUGGAGAAUUUUUGAUUUAUGAAGAGAAAAGCUAGAAACGCCAUUUGCCUUUGCUUGGACAGGAUAUUAUGUCAAAAUUGGUACUUUUGACGUUAUAUGUAAACAUCCUGAUUCACAUUAUUAGAUGUUAUUUCUGUUUCCCGUGUAUAGAUGUAUAUGUUUGUAGCAAAUUACAAUUGUGCCACUGUCUUUCAAUGUGCAGAGAUUAUUUUGUUUUAUUAUGAAUGAAUUUUGUUGAUAUCUUCAUGAUGUGUAAUGGGUAUAAUCAGAGAUGUUAUACAUGUCUUUAAUUAAUAAAGCAAUUUUCAGAAU